UGCUGCCUUUGGGCAAAGACAGUCCAGUUCCUUUAAGGGAAUGUGGAUGCUGAAAGAAAGCCAACUGGAGGCGAUUUCAAAGGAGGUGUCAGAGCAAGCUGAAGUACCAGAAAAACAGGAAAAGCAUAAAACCUAAACAGAGUCCAGCAGCUGCAAUACACACAGGGACGGCCAGAAGAGAGACUGGAAACACUAAAAGGAGACUUUUCCCCUGGAAGUAAGAAAGGAAGAGCUCCAGCAGACAAGAGGCCAUGGGCUGCUGGAAGCAAGAGAAAAGCAACACCUGGACUUUUCCCACCCUGAUUCUCUGCCUCUAUGGAUUCUUCUACAUGAUGAAACCAUCAGAACCUUUCCUAACACCCUAUCUAACAGGACCAGAUAAAAACCUGACCACAGAUGAGGUCCUGAAUUAUGUCCAAGUGCUGUGGGACUUCCAAGCCCCCUCUCACAGCUCUGCAGUGUACAAUGGAGCUGUCGAAGCACUAGCAACUUUUUUAGGUUCAGUAACAUCCAUGGCAGUUGGAUACGUCAAAGUGAACUGGGAUCUCUCUGGAGAAUUGGUCUUGGGAAUUUUCUCUGCAAUGGAUGCUGGUUCUCUGUUUCUCAUGUACUUCACUGGGAACAUCUGGGCAUGUUACGCUGGUUACCUUGCAUUUAAGGCUUGCUAUAUGCUCCUUAUAACAGUAGCAACGUUUCAGAUUGCUGUCAACCUGAGCAUGGAGCGUUAUGCUUUGAUGUUUGGCUUCAACACCUUUGUUGCACUGGUGAUUCAAACAAUUUUAACUGUUAUUGUAGUAGAUUCAAGAGGUCUGGGACUGGAUAUCAGCACUCAGUUUCUCAUUUAUGGCAGCUACUUUGCAGUCAUAGCUGGAAUUUUCCUCAUCAGAAGCACAUACACCAUUAUCUCCAUCAAAUGCAGCAAUACCAGUGCAGCUGGUGAAAGCACAGGUCAUUAACAACAGAGACAAGAACGGUUACAAGCAACAGUGCAGAAGGCUCCAUCACCUGAACAACAAAUCAGGAGAUAUAUAAUGUUCCAUCAAGCAAAACUGGUGCAGGCUGAAGCAGGUUGUUAACGAGCCUACAGCACAGACAGCUUUGUCAGCAGCAAUGCAUUUUGCCUGUUUUUUUCAUCAGUAGUUUAACUCAAAGUUAGUGAUCGACACCCGAACUUUGAUUAAUGCUCUGCAAGAACAGCAACUACAGGCAGGUGCCUGAACUUCACACCAGAAGAACUUACAGAACCUCUGAAAUUUCACUUCUACUGAGUAUUUCAAUUAAAGGCAAUUUGGACUUUGGACAUUCCUAGGGAAUAUAAA